AUGGCGUUGUUAUCGGGGUUCGCGAGCGUGUCGAGCCCGUGGCAUAUCUUUGUGGAUGAUCGGACGUAUCGGAAGCGGCCGAUCACGGAUGCCAAUAUUGCGCGGAAGCAGGCCGGGCUGGAUGCGGCGAGCGAGCUGCUGCUGACGAAGCGCCAUCGGUUGAGGUCGCUGCAGAGGAAAGCACAGGCUGUGGCGGACGGGGCAGGGGGCGGCACGGCUCACGGGGCCUCGGCAGGAUCCGGGGUUGGGCUGGUGGGCAAGAUGCUUGGGUCUCUCAAGACAAUAGCCGGCAGUGGCGAGGCCGCCGAGAUCAGGACCCUCCAAGUCGAGAUAUCCGGCCUCGAAACAAUGGAGUCGAACCUCGCUAGUUCGCUUUCCACGCUCAGAUCGAGGCAAGCCGCGCACGCCCGGGAUGGCACCGCGCUCGGUCGCCUGUUGGCCGUUCCGCAGUACAUCUUCGCCGGCUACUGCGUCUACCGCAUACUUGCUACGACCCUCACCUCCCUCCGACGCAUAUACUACCCCUCCGCCUCUUUUUCCUCCUCAGACCCCAUCAACCGCUUCCUCGGCGUGCUCGCCAAGCACUGGGACCCCAAGCUCGACCAGAUCGCGUGGGCGCGGCAGAUCUCGUUCCUGCUCUCCGGCGUCAUCCUCGCGGCGAGCGCGAACUCGGUCCUGCAGACCUUCCGCAUCUUUGCCAAGUGGGCGCCGGGCCUGUUCCACCAGGCGCAGGCCAACCUCGCGCUGCUGGUCGGCCAGGUCACGGCGACGUACGUCAUCAGCGCGGCGCUGCUGAUGAGGAGCAACCUGCCCCGCGACGUGAGCCGCACCGUCGGCGACGCGCUCGAGAGCGCGCUGGAGCCGGGGUUCGUCGACCGUUGGUUUGAAGGCUGGUUCCUGCUCGCCAGCAUAGGGACGGCGGCGGGGAUAUGGGUGGGCAGGAAGGUUAAUAGUGGGUUUGGGGAGGAGUGGGAUGAGUUCGCGGGCGAGGAGAUGGGGCAGAAGCGAUCUUGA